AUGGUUGCAAACGUGCUAUAUAUGCGAUUAAUAUUGAUUGUGUUAAUAUCAAGUAUAAAUGUAUUUCAUUUAUGGUAUUUAAUAUUUAAGCGUUUUCAAAGUGAUCGAUUAUUAACAUCAUUAAAAGUAAAUUUAUUUAGUUCAUCCAUCGCAUCUUUAGUCAUCUCACUUUGGUUAAUACCAUCUUUUUUCACUCAAACAACCAUAAACAAUCUUUGGACACCACUUUCAUACCAAUGGCGAUGGUGGCUAUAUGUAUUUCAUGUUAUCGAUUCUGUACAAAUUUUAUCAUUACUCUUACUAACAAUUGAACUAUAUUUUAUACAAAAAACAUUAUCAAUUCGUUUAUAUCAAUCUAUUCUAUUUGUCAUUAUCGUCUGGCUUGCACCUAUUAUCGCAUUUUCACCAAUAUUAUGGUUAUCUGAACAAAAUUCACUAAUGAUCAAACGAUUGAACAAACAACAAUCAUCUAUUACCAGUCAAUUGAGCGAUUAUUUUCCAUUUAGUCUCUUUCAACGUUAUUCUACCGUGUUAACAUUACCCUAUUUAAUCACGUACAUUAUACCAUUAUUUUUCUCUUUAUCAAUCUCAUUGUUAUCUAUUGUUGUAUAUAUUAAACAGAAAAAAACGAAUCGUACCAAAAAAGAAACGUUAAAAUACAAAACGAGUCAAAUUAUAUUUGACAAUAACAUGAAAUUUCAUCAGUCUGAAAUUGUUGAGCUACACAGUUUAAUUCAAAAUAUAUUUAAUUUGAAUUUUAAUGACAAACAACCGAUAACAACAUCAACACUUCAAAAUUAUCCUAAUAAUCAUUUGACUACUGAAGGAAAAACAGACGGAUAUGCUGGCAAUUCACAUUGCCUAGAGACGAUAUGGUCAUCGUCCAAGCAAUCCAUAAACGAUCAAGAAGAAUUAUAUAAUCAUUCAACAAAAAAAAUUCGUACAUCAUCCUAUGAAGCCUCUCGUCGUUCAUCGAUUGGUUUUGAUCAUCUUGUAUCAACAGCUCUCACAAAUAAUAGUAAUAAUAGUGGUGUAAUGAAUAGGGCGUCAUCCAUCAUAGAAGAAGACUUAUCAUCAUCAUCAAUAAUUGAUUCAGAAACAUUGUUUAUUCCUUCUCAAACAACAAAUCAAACAAUCAAAUCAAAAUCAUCUCGUAUUAUCAAAAAUCUCGUUUUUAUCAAUGUAUUAUCUAUUAUUAUUUAUUUACCACAUGUAAUAUCUAUCCUGCUAUUGACAUAUCAUGUUAUCAAAAUUCAACCCUAUUUUAUUAUCUAUUCAAUUUAUUUUCACUGGUUUGGAGCUCUACUAACACCAUUAUUUCAUUUACAUUUGCAACAUUCGUUAUUUACGUUGUGUUGCGUGAAAAGAAGACGAAGAAAAAACAACUCUCCGUCCGUAUAUUUGAUUAAAAAUCAAGUUAUUGAAAAGCAACCAUUGUCUAGAAGAAAACAAAUAUACAAAAAAUUUACAAAUGAAAAAAUGAAAUACUAUAAACAUUGCAAGAAGACGUCUGAUUAUUCUCGAAUAAGCGAGUUACCUUGGAUGCCAAGUACAGUCGAAUAUUUGGAUCUUAGAAAAGUUGUUGUCUGA